AUGGCCACUACCACAACCAAAACCCCAAAUGUGGAAGAAGAGAUGAGAGCGGCUUUCCUGUUACAUGAUAUAGAAGUCCAAAGCACGUUAGUGGACGUUUUAAGGUUUUCCAAGUGGAACGUUCUCGUCAGAACGCUGGCUUGUGUGAAGAGGUUCAUCGACAAUCUACGAGCAAAGCGAGAAGGAAAGGCAAUCGAAGUUGUGCCGGCAUCACAGAAGGUUAAAGCAUCGAUCUUGAAGAAGCUGUCGAUAAUCGAAAAACCGUUGGACCGCGAUGAAUAUCAAUUCGCGGAAAGUUGUCUGUUUAAAUUGGCUCAGGUAGAAGCGUAUCCCGACGAAGUCAGAACUUUGAUAAAAAGUCGUCAAGCAGAGGGGCCAGUCAGAUGCAAUAUGGAAAAGAACAGUCCACUCUACAAAGUGUCACCGAUCCUAGAUGAACUCGACGUCAUUCGCAUGGAAGGAAGGUUGGCAGCAGCGGAGUUUCUUCCGUUUGAGCUGCGUUACCCGAUAGUGCUUCCGAAAGGUCACCAGAUCACACGCAAAUUGUUGGACCAUUAUCACCAACAGUACGGACACGCAGGCCGAGAAACGCUAACAAACGAAAUUCGACAGAGGUUCUACGUGUCCCAUCUUCGAGCUGAGGUGAGAAAGGUUGUGGAUAAUUGUGUAUGGUGCAAAACAAGAAAUUGCAAACCAAAAGCACAAAGGAUGGCACCGUUACCAGUACAACGCGUGACCCCUAAUCUGCGUCCGUUUAGCUUCACUGGAGUCGAUUUUUUUGGGCCUUUGCUUGUUACUGUUGGUCGGCGUGUGGAGAAACGGUGGGUGGCAUUGUUCACCUGUCUUGUGACAAGAGCAAUUCACCUAGAAGUCGCCCAUAGUUUGUCGAGUCAGGCGUGCUUGAUGGCGAUAAGACGAUUUGCUUGUCGGCGAGGUAUGCCAACGGAGUUCUUCUCGGACAAUGGGACAAAUUUUGUAGCAGCGAGCAAGGAGGUGAUUCAAACUAUCGUUAUAAGAUGCAAAGAAGCAUUUACAGAUGCAAGAACAAGAUGGAACUUUAAUCCACCGGCAGCUCCCCAUAUGGGCGGGGCAUGGGAGCGACUCGUUCGAUCAGCGAAAGAAGCGUUGUCAGCGUUGGACGAUGGACGAAAGCUAACCGAUGAGGUGUUGUUGACGGUUUUGACUGAGGCGGAAGAUGCGAUACGAAGCACUGUCGCCAAAUCAUUUCCUUCGAGGUUAUCCGCCAGGUGGCGCGGAGUCGUACGUCGUUCCAGUAAACGAAGCAGAAGCAUUGCGGGAUAG